CCGCAGCCCUAAAAUUUGAAGCCUCCUCAUUUUGGUUUCUCGUCCUCGCGCUCCCUCGCUUUUCCAUCGUUUCUGCUACCAUACGGAUCCCGGUGCCAUGGGAAGCUCCUCAAACGGCGUCGUGGGGGAGCGGAGCGCCGGCGGCAAUGGCAGCCUACAGGUCGACAAGGGCGUCGAUUUCGCUCAGUAUUUCUGCACCUACGCCUUCCUGUAUCACCAGAAGGAGAUGCUCUGUGACCGAGUUCGCAUGGACGCUUAUUUCAAUGCCAUUUUUAAGAACAAGCAUCACUUCGAAGGAAAGACCGUAUUAGAUGUCGGAACCGGGAGUGGCAUCCUAGCUAUUUGGUCGGCGCAAGCAGGUGCAAGGAAGGUAUACGCAGUGGAAGCAACUAAGAUGUCGGAACAUGCCCGUGCACUUGUUAAAGCUAACAACCUUCAGGACGUGAUUGAUGUGAUUGAGGGAUCCAUGGAGGAUAUUGUCCUUCCAGAGAAAGUUGAUGUCAUCAUCUCAGAGUGGAUGGGAUACUUUCUCUUGCGGGAAUCUAUGUUUGAUUCUGUGAUUUAUGCACGUGACCACUGGUUGAAGCCAUCUGGGGUGAUGUAUCCAAGUCAUGCACGCAUGUGGGUGGCACCAAUUCGGUCCAAAUUGGGAGAUCAAAAAAUGAAUGAUUAUGAAGGAGCUAUGUAUGAUUGGUCUAAUUUUGUUGCUGAUACCAAAGCGGAUUAUGGAGUUGACAUGUCUACUUUAACGAAACCAUUCUCUGAAGAGCAAAAAAAAUACUAUCUUCAGACUUCUUUGUGGAACAACCUUCAUCCACAACAAGUUAUUGGGACAGCAGCCAUCAUAAAGGAUAUUGAUUGUUUGACUGCUACCGUCGAUGAAAUUCUUGAAGUCAGAUCAAGCUUUUCGUCAUCAAUCACUUCAGAGAACACACGGUUUUGUGGAUAUGGUGGAUGGUUUGAUGUCCAUUUUCGAGGAAGAAACGAGGAUCCAGCUCAAUUAGAGAUUGAACUGACAACUGCUCCGAGCAUUGGUAGCGGCACACACUGGGGACAACAGGUCUUCCUUUUGCACCCUCCCGUCUGGGUCAGUGAAGGAGAUGAAUUGAAGGUUUCCUUCUUUAUGAAACGCUCUAAAGAAAAUCAUCGACUUAUGGAGGUUGAUUUUGGCUGUGAAAUUAACCAACCUUCUGGCAAGCUGCAUCAGCAACCAUUCACAAAUAAGUUUUACAUUGAGUGAGGAUGGAAAUAGUUGCAGCAAUUGGAAGAAUAUACAUACGACUAGAUGAGGUGUGAAAGCAGUUGAAUGUGCUUUUCUGGAGGAUGGGGGCUAGACAGAGGAAGAAGCAGUAACUUGAAUUUUGACUCUGACCGGAAUCUUAGCAACUCCUAUCUGAGUUUCUGAGAAGACAUUUUUUGCACAACUAGUAUUGUACUUUGCUGUUAUCUAUCUGAUUUGAUAAUUUGCGCAUGGAAAUGUCAAGGCUUGCAUCCAUAAGUUAUAAUAUUUGGUGUGUAAAACAUUUUUAUACAUAAGACAUUGAAGUUCCUGUUAGUGGGAAAGAUAUAAGGUUAAUUGUCCUGCGAUUCUUUGAUGAAAACUAGUGUAAUAUUGAAUUAGAUUGUUUUGUUCUUCAAGAAAAAAUUGGUUCUCAGUUUCAUUCA